AUGGCACAUGCUCCAGCGCUUCUCAGGACGAACACCGCUCCGGUGUUCUCCGCCGAGAGGAGACUCGGCAGUAUCUCCGGCGCAUCAGGUAUAGCUGGCCCGCGAGCGAGCGCCUUAUCUGGCUCAACCGUGUAUGCAUCUGCGUCAAAUCCGUCUUUGGCCUCCAUGUCGACGCUAGUAGGAAGCGAUAGCGGACCAGUUAUGGCGACCGCCAACAUCAUAAACCAAAAGGCCGACGCAUCGAGAUCUCUUUAUCAAAUAUGUUUCGCGUUAAAGCAAAGGCUACAUCUAGUUCCCGACUUCGAACAGUACCAGAACGAGCUAAAUGAACUGACCCUCAAGAGUGAAGGCGGGCCAGUGGACGCCCUGUGGAACCUGUUACGGACGGGCCUUCCAUUGCUCACAGUCUUCAAUUCUUUGCAGCCGGAAAAGCCUCUCAGUGUGGACGGUGUCGCCGGAAACCCAGCCAAGGUGUCCAAGAUUGCCGUGUUCAGGUUCGUCGAAGCAUGCUUGCAGCAGCUCAACAUGAAAAGCGGCGAAUGCUUUGUGAUCAACGAUUUAAUGGGUAACGAUACCACUGGAUUUGUCAAGGUCAUCCAAGUUGUCAAUCAUGUUCUGGAUAUCGCACAAAGCCAAGGGAAGCUGUCGGAACCCCUCGAGGUAUUAUCUACUGAGGUAGCUGGCGCUGGUGCCCCCGUGUCGAAAAUGUCCUACCGCGACCACGUUAUCAAGGAGAUGGUAGACACUGAACGCAAAUAUGUCCAAGAUCUCGAAAACCUCCACGAUCUGAAGAAGGCGCUGGAACAGCAGGGUAUCAUACCCGGCGACGUUGUUCACGAUAUCUUUCUGAAUAUCAACUCUAUUCUUGACUUUCAAAGACGGUUCCUUAUCAAGGUGGAAACGACGAACUCGAUGGCGCAGGAUGCGCAGCACUGGGGCGCCCCAUUUGCUGCAUUCGAGAACUCUUUCAAUAUCUACCAGCCCUUCAUCGCGAACCAGCGGAAAGCGGCACAGAUUGCGGGCCAAGUGUUCGAGAAAAUCCAGGUAAUUCAACACCCGGUAGCCUGCGACUUCAACACGUUGGAUGGAUUUCUCCUCAAGCCCAUGCAGAGACUUGUAAAAUAUCCUCUGCUCCUCAAAGAUCUCCUGAAGAAAACCGAAGAACCGGCUAUCAAAAAGGAUCUGUCUGAAGGCAUCGCAGCCGCGGAAAGAGUACUUUCUCAGGCGAACGAAGCGGUCAACCUCGAUUUACUCGAUGAGGCUGUUGAGGAUCUCAAAAAAAGAGUCGACGACUGGAAGAAUCACAGACUUGAACACUUCGGAAGGUUGCUCCUACACGGUGUCCAUACGGUCAUCACUGGCCGCAGUGAACAAGAGAAAGAUUACGAAAUCUAUCUGUUUGAGUCCAUACUGUUGUGCUGUAAGGAAAUGCAGCCGAACAAAAGCAAGGACAAGAAGGACAAGACCAAGUCAAAUAUCCCUAAGAUCCGAAAUAAGAACAAUAAGCUUCAGCUGAAGGGGAGGAUAUUCAUGACGAACGUAACUGAAGUUCUUUCUUUCGCCAAACCAGGCUCGUAUACUGUACAGAUCUGGUGGAAAGGGGACCCUGGCGUCGAGAAUUUCAUAAUCAAGUUUACGAACGAAGAGCAGAUGAAGAAGUGGGCAGGUGGGCUGGAUAACCAAAGGAAGCUUAACGUUCCUUCAUCGAUCGUUGCCCCUGUGGAGAAGGCAACGGAUUUUGCAUGGAUGAAGAACGCUCAAGAUCUUGAGAAUCCGUAUGCACAGCAGGAAGAGAGUGACGACGACGAGGAGACGCCAGUGCCUACAAACAUGCUGACAUCACCGAGCGCCGGAUUUGGUGCUCCGCAACAGUCUACUGGUGGCGUCAUGGCUCGUAAUGCGUCCAGCACCAGCUUGAGAACGCGCUCCGCCACAGGUGAGAGCACACAGUCGCUAGCAGGUAUCGCCCGAGCACCACCCCCACGAUUCCCCUUACCACCUCCGCCGAACCAACUUAGUCUGCAAACACAUGGCGUGCCUCAAGGAGCGAGCUCGCCUGGGCCACGCGGAGGGGACUCUUACUUCUCGCCGGCCACCGAGUCCCCGGUCUCUACAAGGACCAGCACGGCCAGCAGUAUGCAGUUCUCGUCAGGCUACCCUUUCCCGAAGACCGGGACCCCUCAAGGCUGGGAAGACCCAACACUUGCAACCGGUAACCGCUACACAGCUCCGGCAAUGCCUCGAGCUCCUUCCCGUGAUGGAUCAUCCCCAGUUAAUACGUAUACCAUCAACGGGAGAAACCCCCGGGGUCCGUCGAUGCCUGUUAUGGCUUCUCAGCAGAGCGCAGCGCAACAGCAACGCAACCGUUCCUAUAGCACACCGGACAUCAACGGACAAAUUAAUGGCCACAGAUCGAACACUAGCACGCCCGUCCCCGCUGUGCCCGGUAUACCUGCUCAUCUUCAUGAUGCGAAUAUUCCACGCUCACAAAAUGGCUCUCCGAUGCAAGAAGUGCCGAUUCGAACGAGUACUCAGAGUCCAGGUUAUCGCAUGCACCAAUCUCAUGGUUCGUUAGGUGGCCAGAUGGGCCAGUUCCCGGCCAAGCCACUAUAUCCUGGCCGAUCAACCCCAGGACCUGGACCACAAGCAGGUGUACCACCACCACUGCAGCUCGACAACCACUCCGCUGUAUCACCGGCGCUGGGCACUGCUUCAAACCCUCUUUUCAGCCCAGCACCGGACUCGAUGCCAACUCAGCUCAAGGUGAAGGUGAAUUGUGACAGUGGCAAUUAUAUUACACUUGUUGUCGCGUUUAAUAUCACUUUCCAGUCAAUGAUUGAUCGCAUCGAUGCCAAGCUCUCGCGCUUUACCGACAGCUCAAUUGGAAAGGGCGGCCUGAGAUUGAGGUACCGUGAUGAGGAUGAUGACUUUGUCAGUAUCGAAAGUGACGAGGAUAUUCAAAUCGCUUUCCUGGAACAUCGGGAUGGUGCUAAAAACCAAUACAACUUGGGUGGCGUUGGAGAAAUAGAACUUUUCUGCGUCGGCGACAUGUAA